AUGAAGCCGCGGCCGCUUCUCCUCCUGCUUUUGCUGGCCAUCGGAUGUCACUCGAGCAACGAUGACCUCAUGGCGAGGGACGAAGAAGCCGUCGAUGACGACGAUGUCGACGACGAGAGCAAGAAGGAGAACAUCUACGAGUUCCUCUACAAGCGAAUGAAGCAGGACGUUAUUCCGAAGAAGCGGCUGGCGCCUCAGAUCUACACCAUUCCCGGUUCAUUUUUAUGGCAUCCUUUCUCUAUUUUAAAUCAAUGAAACUGCCUUCAAAAACUUUAUUAAACUUUACUUGAAAAGGCUAAAAUGUAUUAGGGGUGUGAAAAUAGGCAUUUAUCCCAUUUUAAAGUAACUUCUUUCUCUAUUUUCCAGCAAUAAAACUAAUAUUUCAGGACCCCAAGAACCGCUUCCCGGAAGGUCUCACAUGGGAGAUUAUUGGCCGGUUUUCCCAUUUCAAAACCAAUAUUCCGGCGGUGUCGACUUGGAUCCUUCUAUUUCUCGAGUAUUCUACAAUUUUCUUUUUAAAACUAUCCCACCGUUUGUUAAUCGCUCAAGAGUACAUGCUUUCCGAAGCGAAACCAAAAAUCCAUGAUAGAUGUCCCACCAAACCAACAGUUAUGAAGAACAUCUCCAACAUUUUCCGACUCUUCCAAAACUUUUAUUUUCACUCCAUCUGUUUGAAACUAUAUUUUUCAGCACAUCGGAGGUGACAUGAACAUCGCCAUCCCAUCCUGGGGCAUUUUGGACAUCUACGGACGCUUCUUCAACAGGUUUUUCAUGGAAUAUAAACUUUAAUUCACUAUGAUAUAUUCAGAAUCGCUGACACGACGACGAAAUUCGGUUACAUGAACCAUCCGGUCAACAUGAUGGACUUGGAGCCGGAGGAUUUCGUCAAGUUAAUGAGCGACCCAUCGAUGCACUACAACCGAAGUCAGGCUUGAUUUUCGAAGUCUUUCAGAGUACUAUGAAGAAAUCUGUGUACAAACGCAUACUUUGAGACAACUUUUAAGCCCAAUUAUUGGGGGAAAAUGAUCCUAAAGUCAGUCAAAAUGAAGAGGAACCACUCAAGUACACUGAUAGAACUGGUACUGACAAGAGAGGUCAUUUCACAUUUUGGUUUGGAAUCGUCUGAAAACAUCCUCAAACACUCUUUUAAGAUCUAGAUUAGGAUACCUCAUAGUUUCUACCUGCACAAGAUUUUAGUUUUUGAGAUAUGAAUCAUCAAAAUAACUAUAUACUGAUCCAAGACUUGUUCUAACUUUCGAAAAAAAAUAACUGAAAAGGUAAACGUUUAUACAGGUAGCAGGUUUGAGGAAUCUCAAUCUAGAGCUUCGGGGAAUGUCUGAGCAAACUUUCAGGAAAUUUCAAACCGUAGUAAAAUGGCCUCCCUUGGGAGUGAGUAUGAUGAACCAAGUUACGAUUCUCGACUUCAAUAAAAUAUUUUUGUUUAUAGAAUUCUUCAUUCAGCAGCUCUAAAGGCCCAUCUACCUGAUUUCAGACGCGCACCCGCGCCUUCCACUCGGCAGACUUGCCAAAAACUACGUUCCUCUCAACUGCAAGCCUCCUCUGUGUAAUCCCUACCAACAUACGUUCGGCGUCGGCAUCGAGCACGACUUCGGAGGUUCCGACGGAGUUGAAGGCGACAUCGACGUGCCCUUGCCGAUCUCCAAAGGCGUCGCCUAUCGUUUCCCGUUCGCCGGAAAAGUCUACUAUCGUCAGUUUUUUUUUUCAAACUACUUUCGGCCAAACAUCAGAAUCUAUGGAAAUCCUAUCCUGAUUCAAAGUGUCUGACAGUCUAAACCGCUAUUGUACACCACACUAUUGAUUAUAAGAACUAUGCCCAUUCCAACCAUUGCAGUUUUUAUUUUUAAUUUAAACUGAAAUACUCCAAACUCAGACUUCGACAACAUCACCGUCACCUACGGUCAGAACCUGGCCCCAAUCGAUCCGAUUUCAAGUCUGUUCGAUUAUCAAAAGACACGGGACCCAGCUCUACGAAUUCCUCGUCAACGCCGCAGUGUUCCGGUGAAUUUUGAUAUAUUAUGUCUUUGAAUAAAACUCUCAUUGAUUCAUUUUGAACUAAAACCUUAUUUCUGCCCUGCCCUUUAAAGAAAAGAAAUUGAAAAGAUAAAUCCGAAAACUCUUCAAGGAAGUCUUGAACUUGAAUGUUAGUAUUGAUGUACUUGUAUUAUGAAUGAUUCAAACUUUAAUUUUCCAGGAAUACGCCAUGUUCGACAAAAUGCCCCAAAGAAGGUUCCGAAAGAUCAAGAUCAAGAUUCCCAUUCUUGUGGUAUUUCUCUUCAAAAUGUCUACCUCCUCAAGGAACUUUUCAGGUGGACCAUGUCGAAAUUGCACCAAAUCCGAUCCCAAGAAGACUUUCCACUGUGCCCAACUAUUAUCUACCCGGCGCUUCAACGAUACUUCCAUCUCAGAGGAGAAUCAGAAGAUCUGUCCCACUAAUUUACCAACCAGGACUAUCUUUACCAUAUGUGCCUCGGCUAAGAUACAAAAGAUCCAUUUCUUCCCGACAAAUUUAUAAACAUAAGAAGAAGAUCCGACAAUAUGUCAUGAGCUUUGAUUAUCAUUAGGGGUACUUUUUAACGUUUUUUUUUUGUUAUAAUUACUUCAAUUGUUCACUAAUAAUCAUAAUAUUAAUAAAGUCCGAAUAAACUUGUUUUUUGUUGUAGUUCAUUUGCAUUGAGGAAAGAUACAUGGAAAGGUGAAUUUAAAAAAAAAUCAUUACAGCUUUCGCUCUAAAUACUUCUAUUCAAUAAGUUCAAAAACGACUGGUUUAGAAAUUAUUCAUUUUUGAAAUCCCAAUGUAUUUGAUCAUGAUUAAUGCACGAAUGGUUUAGGAAGGUUGGAAAACUUAGGAGAAAACACCAAUUUUCUAAAAUUUACCUCUAUUGUUUUUUCACCCGAAGCUCAUUUCCUCCAUUCAAUAACCAAUUCAAGUGUUCAAUAACAACUUUAAUAAUAAAUAUAUCGAUUUCAACUUCAACUUGUACAUGUACAAGUCAAAACGGACGCCCCGCCAACUUCCGGGGUCCUCACAAUGGGCCUCGAAAGUGCUUGAAAAUCGGUUGAGAGGCGCCCAAAAUUUGUUCAUCCAAACGGACCGACACCCAGUCAGAUUUCAUUCAUUCCGACCAUGAUCUACAAUGAAAUUCUUGUUCUUUUUUUCUUCUUUUUUUUAUUUCAGGUAAACGUUUUUUAGAAAGUUUUAAAUCUACCAGGAAAAAAAGUGGCAAAAAUAAUUCUUCUAAUUUUUUUUUGAUUAAAAAAUCCAUUAAAUGAAGGAAUUUUGGAAACCCAGUAAAAAGAUAAGAAAAAAACUCUGGUCUUCUACUCUCAAAAAAAUUCUCAAAAAUCCAAAAAAAUUACUUCCAUUAGUCUUUAUACGCUGGAACAGAUAAUUUAAUCUUUUUUUCAAUAUAAAAAAAUUACUAGAUACGAAGAAAAAUUUAAAAAAUCGAAGCCAGCUCGAAAAAAAUUCCGGGAGAAUCAGAUGAUUCUUAUUGAUAGAAUUCCGAAGCAAAAAAAUAUAGAUAAACAUAAACGUUUAAAUUUCAUAAAGAUCUGGAAAGUUUUAAAAAAACUUUUUUUCCAAGUUAAAUCGAUUUUUUUCUGAGUGUGAAGUUGAAGUGUAUAAAAACUGAAAGAAAGACUUUUUCUUAUUUUAAUUCACUGUUUAGUUGGGUUUUUUUUUCUCCGAAAUAUGUAAGCAAUUUUCGAAAAAAACACGCUUAUCCUUCGAAAAUCUCGGACAAAAAUAUUCGAGUUAUAUUUUCUAGCUUUUUUUUGAGGACGAGAACUCCAAAAUCCUUGCUCAAAAUCGGAAAACCACGCGUGUCCCUGAUAAAAUCCAUUUUUUUUUCAGUCAUUUCAUCUUGCCGAAUCGACGGUUCCCUGCACGGGACCUACAAGAAACAAAGUUCUUCGCAGAUAAUUGGAGCAUCGGAAAUUUCCCCAAUCUUCGAUGAAGUUUGACUUUUUCAUUGGAAGAGUUCAAAGUUUAAAGCUCAAGAAGAAGAUUUCAGACUCGAAACUUUUUUAAAACUUUGCAAAAAUAGGCAUUCUUCAGGAAGGAAGACCUUUUCAUAGCCUUCCGUCGUUUUUUUUUUUUGAAAUUCUUUUUUUUUUUUAUAACUUCAUCUUUUAAAAUAAAGAUCAUAGCCCAUUCCGGGUAAUUCGUGUCACGAUUUAUGCUGUCCUUCGAGCUACAGUAUCCUUGCCUUCAAUGUUAACGGCCUCUGUCUGUGCAUGCGCCUUUAAUUUGAUUUAUCAACUUAGUUAUAUAAAAGGCGCAUGUACAAGGACAUGCAACGUGCAUCGAAGGGGAGGGCUCUCUAGCUCGAAGAAAAAUAAAAAUCGUGAAAAGCUGGCUCGGAAUGGGCUCUACUGACAAAAAAAGGCGAGGAAAAACUUUCCAAGGCUAUUUUUUAAUUUUUCUCUUCAUUAGCCGUCUCUUGUCAAGUGAUAAAGACAAAAUUAAGGUUUCCAUAACCCCGACAUCGAUCAGCGACUACGGGGAUUGCUAUCUCAAAGACGGUACUUCAUACGUUUUGGGGAGAAAGUAAGAAAAUUUCAUUUUUCUUGAGAGAUUCAAAAUUGAAGACAAAUGGGCCGACCGAUAUGCUUCCGAUGCGUUACAGCCAUUUUGAGAUCACCAAAUAUACUCCAUUUGGCUCAUCAGUCAGGUAACUUACACAAAAAGUCUGAAAAGUGUUUCUAAUGGCUAUUUUUUCAAUUUUAAAAGUUUCCAAUCAAAAUUUGACAGUUUCAAGGGGGGUGGGCGGUAGAAAACGCCGGUUAUCAAAACUUUAAAAAAAAUUACUCGUUUUUCUUCUCAGCUGUAUCAAAAAGGGACUAUAUUUGGCAUAAAAUAAUUCAAUACCGUCUCAAGAAAAAGAUAUAACUUUUAAAAACUUGGAGAAAACCAUAAAAUUUUCAUAUUUCUGUGAUUUUUUGACUUUUCAAAAAUUUACACACUUCCGAGCAGUAGACAUAUCAAAUAAUUUGGCAAUUUUGAGCAGAAAGAAACGUUCUAACUUUCCAGUUUUAUCUGCAAUUAAAAAAAAAUAAAUUGCAGAAGAAAUCUGCCACGCAACUGAACAGGAAGCGAAAAGUUCAUGUUUCGAUCCAUCGCUAGUAUCUUUAAACGAUGGAGUUUUACUUUUUCGUGAGUUUCUUCUAUAUUUUGACAAACUUGAUUCAUCCCGAAGAUCUUCAACUAAAAUUAAGCAUCUAUUUUAAUCAGAAAAAAAUUUAUUUUUUUGGUAAAAAGUAUGAAUUUCAACAGGAUCAACUAACGUGGAGCCUUCAAGUUGCGGUGGAAUCGACGGUCGUUUCGCGGUUUCCUAUACGAUGCAAAGAACAAAUUUAACUUGCGAAGACGGCCAGGGCACAACGGUAAGAAGACUCUAAAAAAAAAUCCAUAUUCAAAAGUUUUCCAAGAAAGCGAAAAAAAAAACAAAACGAAACAGAAAGGCCAGAAAAAAAUUAUCGAAAGAAAGUUUUCAGAUUUUAACAUCAAAAAAACACUCUGGACCAAGUUUUUGAUUCAAUAAUAUCAUAUCAUUGAACAAGUUUCGUAGAAUAAUUAAUUUCGAACUUGAUUGAAAUUAUCUAGGAAAGCAAAAACAUGAAUAAACUCCUAAAACUUGAUAAUUCAGGCCAAUAUUGUCGAUAAAAAUCUUUUCCAUAGGUUCUAACUCUAUCGAAUAUCUCUGGUCGCGCUCAAACGAGAAAAAUUGGCAAAAAAAAAGAAAAAAAACUUUGGAUCGAUUGAAAAAAAGUUGCGCCGUUCCCGUUAUCAGUAGCGCGCGUUUGCAAUGAAAUGACCCUCGCGCUAGUUGGAAUUUAAUUUUUUUUUACAGUCUUAUAAAAACAAAAAAUUAAACUGAUGAAGAUCUAGGUUCUUUAGGAAAUUUAGGUAGACCUAAAUUAACACUGGGAAAGGCUGCUCGCCUUGGGAAAAUCAUGACGCUCGUCAAGGUUUUUUUUUUCAAAAAUCUCAAAAAAGUGUUCUGCCUUCUAAAAAUUAUAAAAAAUCAGUAUUUAACAAGCUUUGAAUAUUAUUCUCUUCCACACGAAUCAUUUUUUGGAUUUUUUCAGGCCGACAACUGUGACGUCACCUCUCGUUUGCUCGUCAAAUUCCGCAACUGCAGUUUCCCCGACUUUGGUCCGGUCAUUGUCCACUUGCCAUUCUUCAAGAAGUGUGUUGUUCAGAAAUGUCGUUGCGGUGCUUGGGAUCGUGGGAGGAGCGCGGCGGCGGCGGCGUGCGCUACGUCAUCAUGCAGAACGAGGAGAACGAGGAGUACCGUUGCGGGGUCAGCAAACAUUCACAAAAAAUAAGUUAUGAGCCAUUUAGUGACCACUCAAGUGGUGUUAGCGUUCAUUUAGAGAUCACUGAAGAUUCUAUUAGAAUCUGUGCUUAAAAAUUGUUGAAAAGGUUCCUGAGAAAAGUUAUUGAAUUUUGAAGUCGGAAGAAGUUUCAUGAGUCUGCGUGAAACGACUUGGAAUUUCACCGAACGACAUUCCGCUGUUCCACUGCGUGCGUUCGCGAAGCGUCUUUCGAAUCUAGGUCACGCUUUCAAUUGAUUGUUAUUGCUGUGGGAGCACAUGAAAGUAGAGUACCUUGAUAAAAGAAAAAAAAAAUUGAAAGCGCGACCAAGGUUCGCAAAGGCGCGCAGCGGCACAGCGGAAUGUCGUUUGGUGAAAUUCAAAGUCGUGGUUCACAGGCUAUAACAAACCGAUUAUUGUAGAUAACUGAAAAGAAUUUUCCUAUACUCCUUUAGGUAGGGACCGCAGACGAAUUUUCAAAAAUUUUUUUUCAGCAUCGAGCUUUGUAUGGUUCGAUAGCUGAUUCGAUUCAAAAACUCAGAACCGUUUAGUUUUUUUCAAAAAAAGAUUGAGGAUGAAAAAAAGUUAUGACGGAAAAUGUGGCGCGCCGCGCACCAUUUUUUUAGUACUGAAAUUUUUGGUAUUAUCCAUUUUUUUGACAUUUUUUUCUCGAUUUUUCUUCUAGAACAAGUUUUGAUACUGGUCUAUUAUGAUGUAACAAAUCAUAAUAGAGUGCUAAAAUGAUGCUAAUCAGCUAGUUUGCCGAAAAAAAGUCGGUAUUUUCCAGAAAACAAAAAAACUGCCGCUUGCGGGCAUCGAACUCGCGACCUCAAAAUGAAAAAAAUCGCAGCGCACGCGCUGCGCUAAAGCUGUUAGGUCUAGCGAUGGGAGCUUCCAUCCGCCAUACCCUUGAGCCGUUUGAAUAGCACAGAUUGCCUAUUUCAAAAAAAGAAAAAUCUUGAAGUAAUUAAGAUAUUUUUUUAUCAGAAUAUGUUUGCAAAUCUUUACUCAAACUUUCCGUGAAAAAUUCACUUUCGAAAAAAACUGUUUUUUUAGUGCUUUUUGGCCUCGUUUAAGGAUCGCUGCCUUAAAAACGGCCCCGUAAAUUUUUUUGGCAAAGACGAAUUUCUUAUUUUAUUCUUUUUAAUUGAAAGAUUUUUUUACUAAUAAAUGUAUAUAAUCGUUUGAAAAAAACCUGCGUUCGACCGCUUUCUGUGUGAUAAACGCCGCUAAAUUUUUUUCUCUAGUUUCAAGAGCAUUUUUUUGUGUAUCACACAACUUUUUUUCAAGCAAAGAUGCUGUAGAGAAAUAUUUAAGUAAGCUCAUGAUCUAAAUUUUGAAAAAAACAAAAAAACUCGAUUAUAUUCGCUUAUUAACGAUAUUUUUGAAUUAUGACUUUCGGCACUCCCUAAAAAUUUUUUUGGCAAAGACGAAUUUUUUUAUUUUAUUGUUUUAAAAUUACCGUUACUUGAAUCAAAAUCAUUAUAUAAAAAAAGAAAGAGUGCGUUCGAUCUGAAAACACAUAAAAAAGCAAAAAAUGACAAAAAUUUUUAGUUCCAUUCACGUUUUUUUGUACGACAUUCCGCGAGAACGCAUCAAAAAAGCGUGAAAUAUUUUUUAAACGAAAGAGGAAGCUUUUCUGUACAUAUGUGUCAAAUUUUAUUAGCCAGUUCCACAUAUUUUACAACUACAUCAAAAAGAAAGUUGAAAACCAAAAAAAAGCCACUUUUUCUAUCGCGAAAAGGGGCGUGGCUUUGCGGUCCCUACCUUUAGGCAUCCUAGCAAAUUCCUGUAGAAGAAAAACUUGAUAACUUUCCAGUUAUUACUACGGGAUGGCGCCACCGCGACAGUACACUUUGCCAACGAUUCCUCCUGUUCAAAGUUGUCCGUGAGCAAUUCGUUUGAGACUUACCGUUUCAGGCCAGGUCGACAAACUCAAAAAUUAAAGAAAAUCAAGAGUUUUACAGAAUUCUCCGGAAAGCCCUUUUCACCGUGCCAGUUCCCAAAAUGGAUGCGUGGCGAGUUCGACACGUUGUCGGUGACCGCCAACGAGCUUCAGUACUUUCAAACGGGAGUUGGAGCAGUUCCGAUCAUUUCCUACUGUGUUCACGCUUUUGAUGAACGAGUGAUGGUCUAUUCGGAGACUAAAUGGUUAGCAUUUUGGCUUCGAAUUUCGAGAUUAGACUAAAGAAUCAAUUUACUCUGUUGCCUGUGUUCCGUGUCUUUGAAGGAAUCGGAAUACUCUGCUGUCUUUUCCUCUGAAAUUCUCUCAUUUUUACGUGCUAUUUUUCUGUUUCUAUGGCCUCAUCGGAUGAGGUCAUACUAUUCAAAUAUUCACCUGAAAAUGACUGACACCCCUAUAGGGAACACUUCUACUUCAACCCUAAACAGAGCACUUCUUCUCACACAAGGGCUGCUUCCCCUUUACCCCCUAUAAGGACCACUCCGGUGUGUUUUACGUGAUAUUUUUUCGUUUAUAUGGCCUCAUCGGUAGAAGGUGACGCAGACAGGUCAUCCUAUUCAAAAAUUCCCCUGAAAAUGGCCUGCACCCCUAUAGGGACCACUUCAACUUUACCCCUACAUGGAGAGUUUUCCUGUUCCCUAUAGGGCUCCUUUUUCCCUGGCCCCUAUAACGACCACUCUGGUGUCCUUCGAAAUUUUCUUAAAAUUGCUUUAGUAUUUUCUUCAGAAAACGUUUGAUUGAUUUGAGUCCAAUUUAUUUUCAAAAAAAACUUCAGCGGCGAGCCUUUGGGUUACCACUGUCUCUGGUUCAACGCCAGAAGUCAGAACCUCAUCGAAUUCAAGACGACGACGCCAAAUGAAUCAUCAAACUCAUCGACGUGCUUGUGAGUCUUUUUAAACAGGCUCCUGAAUCUCAAAGUCCAUUAAGAGAAGACGAAAAAUGGCAAGAGUCGCCGUGGACGACGUCGGUGAUCCGGAAAGCCGACGCCUAUCCUUGCGGCAUCUUUGGAAGCUUCUCGACGCCUUCUGAGUUGAGGACUACGGCUUCGGAAUGCUACAACGUCACUUUCAAGUGCGACGAAGCUUCCAGAAUGGAAAUCUCGGCUUAUGAUUGUAGUUCGGGAACUGUUUAUGACGGUUAGUUCUGUGUGUAGGUCAGAAGAGACGCCAGAGAAAGAAAGAUACUCGAACUUCUCUGGCGUCUCUUCAGUUCAACGUUGAUCUCUAAUUUUUUUCUUUUUGAGCUUUCAAACCUCAAGCUCAAUCCCAAAAUUUCAGCCCGAGAAUACAAAUGCCUAGCUUCUUGGCGCGACGGCACCCAUCUGUUCAUUUUCACGGCUCGUGGCGAUUCCCAUUCGUGUUUUGUGAGUUGAUUCUGGGUAUCUUGGAUUGAAAACUCGAACCAGAUCACCCAAUAUCACAAGGGCCGUCUCUACUUGGCUUCCACCGGAAUCCAAUGCGAUCGGGAGCACAAUUUCAAUGAGCACACUGAUACAACCGUCGUCGUUGAAGAGAGCGGUAAUUUUUCAGGAAAUUCUUAGAAUUUAAACUGAGAGGAUAAAGAGCUUCUCAGAUGCUUUCUGCUUUUUUGAGGGCGCAUAGGUUAAGCCUGGUCUAAAUUUAUGAACAAAAGGCUGCUUUAAUUCAAGUAUAUUUUUUUGAACUUCGUGUGAUAUUUAAAAAAUGAGGCUCGAGUGGUUUCGUGUGGAAAAAUGUGAUAUAGUCCGUUUUACGCGACUUGAAAGGGCGGGACUUCUCUGCACCCUCCUUAUCUCUCAAAGGUUCUCUCAUUUUCAUGUGCUAUUUCCAUUUUUCUCUGACCUCGCUGGUGAGAAAACAGAGAGACGCAGCCCCGCGAACUCAAUUAAUUUUUUCGCAACCUAAUUUUUUUUAAAGCCAACUAUGUUCAGCCUCCUGCAACGCGAACAAGCCAACUACACUGAAACCGAAAUCGCGAAAACCAACCAAAACGACGGCGAUAUCGCAGAAAAUCGAAGUGGAGACAACGACAAGCACGACACAAGUUCCAACAAUCGCCCCAGUGGAGUCUGACCUUUCCUGGAUGUCCGAGACGACGUCCAGCUCCACCGGCCGAAAAUUCCUCAUAUGCUGUUUAUUUUUAUUAUAUUUUGUUUAUUGA